GUAACCUGAAACUUAUUAACCAAAUCCAGAUGAUGAUAAAAAAUCGAAACAUUCAUUGAGAUCCCCAAACAUUUCAUAAUUUCAUAUCGGACAAUAAUUUAACCCCUUACCUCACAAUGAGCAGUCCACAGCUCUCAGCAGGUACGAUGACUCUGUAUACUGGAUUCACACGGCUGUGCAAGGGUAUUGCAGUGGUAUUAGUGGGUGGCCACAUUGUUGUUCAGAUUUUGCCCUCUGCUCUUUCUUACCUUGCUCUCAUCCCUGCCAAGACCAUACCUUUUGCUUGGAAUCUCAUUACAGCCGGAUACACUGAACAAUCAAUAUAUGGGUUGUUUAUCAGCACAAUCGGUCUUCUUUUCGUCGGGAAGCUGCUUGAACCCAUAUGGGGUUCUAGGGAAUUCUUGAAGUUCAUCUUUUUUGUUAAUUUUCUAACAUCCGUAUGUGUUUUCAUCACAGCUAUUGCCAUGUAUUACAUUACGAAGCAGGAGAUUUACCUUUACAUGCCUGUUGCUGGAUUCCAAGGGGUCCUUUCAGGGUUCUUAGUUGGCAUCAAGCAGAUUGUGCCUGAUCAAGACCUGUGGUUUUUGAAGAUAAAGGCAAAAUGGUUGCCUUCUCUUGCACUACUGGUGUCCAUCAUUGUAAGCAUUUUCACCACAGAAUCGGCAUCUUAUCUUCCCACCAUGAUAUAUGGUACCUUUAUAGGUUGGAUUUACCUCAGAUAUUGGCAAAGAAAGCCAGAAACAAAACUAAGAGGCGAUCCAAGUGAUGAAUUUUCUUUUUCUACCUUUUUCCCUGAAUUUUGCAGGCCUGUUAUUAAUCCAAUUGCAACAAUAUUUGAGCGAAUGCUUUGUGGAAGACGAUCUGAAAUCUCUGAUGAGUCUGGGGGCUAUACUUUAGGAGGCACCACAUUGCCUGGAUCAGAUCCCAUUGAAGCAUCUAGGAGGAGGGAAAGAGGUGCUCGAGCACUUGAAGAAAGAUUGACAGCUGAGAGACUUGCUGCAGCAGGAAAGACAGACGAGACACAAAAAGAUGCCACCGAGAAUGUGUAGAAGCUCUUGUAUUGUGAAUGUUAUAUGCUCACAACUACCAGAUCCAUGUCUUGUUACAAGUCUGUGCACUAUUUGUUAAUAUAUACUUUUGUUCAAAGGGAAUUUUGGCAUAUGUUGAUUAUCAUGAUCUUUAUUUCAAUGACAGAGAAGAAACUAAUAUGCGGGGACAUAAAAUUACUGUUAUUUGCCUUGUGCUUCUUGUCUACUUCCCUCUUAAAUCGAGAGAACAGUUGUUUUUACAAGCAGUUAAUGAUAAGAGGUGUAACCUUA